UUGCUAAGGAAAUGAGUAACUGGAGUAUCAAAGGUGUAAACAAGAGUACAGAGAACUUGUAGGUUAAAUCGCAAGUGUAGACGCCUGAUUUGAAAAAUCAUAGUUUCACCAUUAACACAUCGCCGCCUUAUGAGCAGACUCCGAUCAAAACACAUCUUAUGGCAGAGGUGCAUAUAAUUGGACAGAUAACUGGGGCCAGUGGUUUUCCUCAGAGCAGCCUGUUCUGCAAGUGGGGCGUUCAUGCAGGAGGAGCAUGGAGGCUGCUCUCCGGUCUCAGGGAGGGACAGACACAGGUGGACAUGCCCCAGUUUGGUGACAUGGCAUACUGGAGUCAUCCAAUUGACUUGCAUUAUACUACUAAGGGUCUUCAAGGUUGGCCAAAGCUUCAUCUCCAAGUUUGGCAUCAAGACUCUUAUGGGAGAUGUCAGCUGUAUGGUUAUGGGUAUUGCCAUGUACCCUCCAGCCCUGGACAACACCAUCUGCAGUGUGUGACAUGGAGGCCACUUGGGACCUGGCAGGAACAGCUAGCCCAGAUUUUUGUUGGUGGAGGCCCUCAACUGCGUUCUCCUGAUGUCAUUUACAGUGGAGCAGACAGAUACAGACUGCACACUGUUGCCAUGGGCACAGUAGAAAUGGACCUCUGUAUCAUUCUGCGGCAUUUUGACAGAUAUGGUGUAGAGAGCUGAUUGUAAAGCAUCACUAAUAAGCGUAUAUAAAAUGGAGGAGUGGAAGAAUAGUUAGUGAUACUUGAUGUGAAAUAUAUUUUUAGUAGAAUAAUACUGGGGUUUCAUAUGCAGUGCAUUUGUGGUUUCUCCAAAGAUAGGGCAUCUUUCUUUAGGUUUGUAAGAUAGCCAAACCACAGUUCUGGGGACAGUAAAAAAAAAAAAGAGUCUUGGGUGGAAUUUGUUUCCAGGGAUACAAUGAUAAGUUCUGCAUCACCAUUGCAGCCCAUUGCCCAUGGACAUUUUCCUUUCAAUGUUUUGAUUAAUAUGAUCCAAUCUUUCCAAAAUUUUGUACUGAUUUUAUACAUGGUUUUAAAAAUUAUUUUCUUUGGUGCUUUCACAUUAUUAAAUGUUGAAAUUGCUUAUAA